ACGAGGAUAAAACAAUGGCAGAUAAAAUCUCACCUGAAGGAAAUAAAAAGCCGAAAUUACCCCUGAUCCGAAAGAUUUAUAAAGGGAUUUUAAUGUUUGAAAAUGAAAUUGAAGAGAUAGAGCAUAUGGAUACGAGAGAGGAUGAUAUCUGGGUCAUAACUUACCCACGAUCUGGUACUACUAUGACACAGGAAAUGGUUUAUCUAAUACAGACGCUUGAUUUUGACACUGCUUCUAAAGUUCAGCUAGAUGAAAGGUUUCCAAUGAUUGAAGUUAAAGACGACAGGUACCCUUACUAUAAAGGACUGAAGUUCAUUGUGGAGAUGAAGUCACCGCGCAUGAUCAAGUCUCAUUUACAUCACUUCCUGUUGCCAACGCAACUACAAAAUGGAAAAGGAAGGAUUAUAUAUUUGGUACGAAAUCCAAAAGAUGUCGUCACAUCGUUUUACCGUUUGAUGCAAUGGGGAGAUCAACUUGUGGACGGUGACAAAUCUUUCGAUCAGUUUAUUGACGCAUUUGUGGAAGGAAAAGGAUAUGCUUGCCCCUGGCCAAGACAUGUCUUAGAAUACUGGGAAAGAAGAAACAACAAAAAUAUUUUAUUCUUAAAGUAUGAAGACGUAAUUAAGGACAAGACAGCUACGGUCAGGACUAUUGCGACCUUUCUAGGACGUACUCUUUCUGAAGAUGACGUCACGAGGAUUGUGGAACAUUGUCACGUGGACAAGAUGAGGGACAAUGACAAAGUAAACAUGUCAUACUGGAGAGACAUUCGAUACGUAAAUGACAACUCUGAAGGUGGAUUUAUAAACAAAGGUAAACCUGGUGUUUGGCGGCAAGUCCUGACGGAGGAGCAAAGUGCGAAAAUUGACAAACUACUCAAAGAGCUCGAUGGUUCAGGACUCGAACUUGAGCAAACAUAA